UCUCUACCGUUCUCGAAUCUUGCGCAGGCGCACUAAGGGCAAGAAGCGUCCCAGCGCCCUUUUGCGCAGGCGCAAUGCUCAUUCUCCUCCCAAACAGCUGGCAAGAGCAGGAAGCUAUGGGAGCUCAAAGUACAGAACUGAUUUUUGGUAAAUGCCAGUGCAUAUGAACAAAGCGGGCCUGUAUGGAAACUCCAAACAUGACCAACCCUUUAAGAUAUGAAGUGUUGAAUCUUUACAAAAAUCUGUUGUAUCUUGGUAAGGAGUAUCCUAAAGGAGCGGACUACUUUCGAACCAGGCUGAAGAAGGCUUUCUUGAAAAACAAAGGGGUGACGGAUCCCGAGGAAAUCAAGCAGCUCGUUGCGCGAGGAGAGUUUGUAAUGAAAGAGCUGGAGGCGUUAUAUUUCCUUCGAAAAUACCGGGCUCUGAAACAACGCUACUAUGAGGACGAUAACAAGUGAACCUACAACACAGCCAGAUUUGGUUGCAUAUGGAUAGUGCCCAGAGCUUCUCCCAGAUUUACUUGGAAGGGUUUGUGAAAAGAUGACUGACAUUUAACGAAGUGCAAACUGCAGUUAUGUGGCACAUUAGUAAAGAUACCAGAACUGACUGCUGGGAAGUUGUGGUCUGCACUUCAGCUUUUCAAAGAACCAAAGUAACAACGAUAACUGGCAAGGAGCCUAAAAUGCAAGAAACCAAUUCUGCCUUUUGAGGAAAACAGCAAACAGCAGAAACACAGAAUGUUUUUAUUAUCAUUAUUAAUUACAACAGGAGUCGUACUGUUUGUGACGUACAGUGUUCUUAUCACUUGACAGCACAUGCUGCUAAUAAAACGUUUGUAAAGGUU